CAGCCAUCAGGCCAUCGUCAGUCGGAAACCGAAUCGCAGACCCGCAACACAAGACUCACAGUUCGCAUUGCAUACUUUUUGGCGCGCAUCGAAAUAAACACACCAAUACGUACACCAAUACAACACACCAACAAACACCAUCAGGCUCGAUUGCUGCGAGUGUGUGUGAGUGUGCCUGUGUCUGUGCGAGAGUGCCUUCUAAAGUCGCCCAUCCUGCGAAGCGACAAAAUUCAUCAACUCUUGUGUCUGGGGUGGUAUGUGGAUAAAUUUUAGCCGCCAUGGAUCCCAGUGCUCUACAAAACAUGGAUCGGGACGCAUUAAAGAAGCAAAUCGAGAAUAUGAAAUAUCAGGCCUCCAUGGAGCGCUGGCCGUUAUCUAAAUCCAUAGCAGAAAUGCGCUCGUUCAUCGAGGAGAACGAGAAAAACGAUCCGUUGAUCAAUGCGCCGGAUAAGAAGAACAAUCCGUGGGCCGAAAAGGGCAAAUGCGUUAUUAUGUAAUAUUAUCGUAAACCACAGAAAUACCGCCAUAAUUAUGAUAACCAGCCAAACAAUAAUAAUGCAACCCAUUCCACGACUCAUACCACAACAACAAGAACAACAACAGCAACUGGAACAGAAAACAAUCCAUAUACCUCUCAACAUCACCAGCAAUUAGAUACCCCUAGCCGAUGUAGCAGCCAAGUUUUGGGGCAGGAUUUGGGAGAAUCCCCGGAUCUGGUGCCGGUAGAGAUGCAGCACUACAACAACAACUACUACUACUAUUACAACUACAACUUGAGCUAUGAGCCGCCGGUCGAUCGGUCGCUGGGCGGCGGGGGCAAGCGGAGCGUUCAACGUCUGCAGAAACUGGUGCGAAGGACGCGGUACGAGCUGCAGCAAUGGCCGCUCCUGAUGCAGCUGCUCCUGUUCGUCCUUUGGCUAAAUGCCAAGUUCUGGCAGCUGGUCAACGAACAGGUGACCUACCGCCGCAGGAGGUGGCACUGAGUGGCGAAGGACAUCGGGUGUUGCUUGGUAUGAGUUCGAUCUAGGCUUAAGUUGUGAAAAUUAUGCCCACACUCUUACAAUCUCAUCUCAAUAAAAAUAAUCAAAAUUCGCUGCGUAGUGGAAGCAGCGAACUUCAGCCAA